GCAAGCCAACCAUAGAUGCCGCAAUUCUGGCUAGAGAGGCCGCCAACAGCUCCUCGAUUCCUUCUCUGGGUCGCCACGAACCCACCGGAACUCCCUCCCCGGCUUCUGCCGUCCGCCGGAAGUGCAAGCGUGCUUGGGGAUGACGAGUCUACCGCCCGCGGUCUGAUGCCUUCUGGGAUUCGUAGUUUCCAAAAAGCCUCCCCUUCCUCCUGGAGGAGCAGAAUGUAUACACUCCUAUCAGGGCUUUAUAAAUACAUGUUUCGGAGAGAUGAAUACUGCAUUCUAAUCUUAGGCCUGGACAAUGCAGGAAAAACGACUUUCUUGGAGCAAACGAAAACCAGAUUUAACAGAAACUACAAAGGAAUGAGUUUAUCCAAAAUCACCACUACAGUGGGCCUGAAUAUUGGUACUAUAGAUGUGGGCAAAGCUCGCCUUAUGUUCUGGGAUUUGGGAGGGCAAGAAGAAUUGCAAUCUCUGUGGGACAAGUACUAUGCUGAGUCUCAUGGAGUCAUCUAUGUCAUUGAUUCUACUGAUGAGGAGCGACUUUCAGAAACCAAAAGAGCAUUUGAGAAAAUGAUCACCAGUGAAGCCUUGGAGGGGGUCCCUAUCUUGGUCCUGGCCAAUAAACAGGAUGUAGAGACUUGCUUAUCCAUUCCUGACAUCAAGACUGCAUUCAGUGACUGCAUUAAUAAAAUUGGAAAGAGAGACUGCCUGACACAGGCUUGCUCAGCUCUCACAGGCAAAGGGGUGAAUGAGGGCAUCGAGUGGAUGGUGAAGUGUGUCAUAAGGAAUAUCCAUCGCCCCCCACGGCAGAAGGACAUCACGUAAGACUGGAGUAUUGCCGCUGCUGUGCUCGGACAGCUGCCCCCAAUGCAGAUUCCAACUACCCUCCUUGUCCAGGGAACAGGGCCCAGGACCUUGUCAUCGAUUGGAUUCUUUUCAUUUGGAUUUUUGAUUUUGUUUUUGUUUUUCCUAAGACAAACUUUUAUCUCCAUCCAGAAAAAAGUCAUCUUGAGGAUUCUACCUCGGGGUUGAAGAGGGGGAAAGGGGAAGUGUUGGGGGAAGAGUUUCUCUGUGACCAAACACAAGACCCUCCUGAAUGAGGGAUGAUAGUACCUGCAUCAGCACCUCACCUGGUAUCUGUCAGGUAUCAUGAAUGACUUCAUCCAAGCCACAUGAGGUGUGGCUUUAUACUUCCUCAGUUGGUCAGGAGAGCUGAUGGAGUAUUUUUUGGUUAAUGACCUAAUUUAGUCUUUCAUUUCUUAAGACCAAACAUGGAAAACUGGCUCAGGCUAGUCCCUGGUGUUUUGACAAGGUGUUGUGAUAGGCAUGUAAAGCAGUGGUUCCCAUCUGCCCUGAAGCUGUAGUUUUCUUGGGUUUAUUUGGCUGAGUUCUGACUAGAGUUGCUACCCUUUGGCUCUAAAUCUUCAUGUUUUAAUACUUUCUCCAUUGCCCCUUUCCUGGGGGUAGUGGAGUGGCCUGUGCUUGGUUCCCUAGCCUUUCACAGGAUGACAGCAGCUAACAUUGUCAUCAAGAUUAGGCAGAGGUAACUGUAGCUGCAAGACCCCAUCUGCUUGAGCUGACACAUUUUUGUUGCCCAACUUUUACUAAGCGGUAUGUUAAAAAAUGAGCUCCAAGGAAAAGGUUGAUUCUUUGAGCCAAAACAGUUUAAUUGACACUUAGUUGUAGCUACUUUUCCUGUAGACACCACCUGCUUCAUCUUUGACAAUAUUUGACUCAGAAUGAGAUUGGUAGUUGAAAUAACUUGUUCAAACCUGGCCCAGGCCCAGGCCCAGACUCAUAAAAUAGCUGUAGGUUUUCCAGGAGUUGUGGGUAUUAUUAAAAAAGCAACCUUGCCUGUUUCCACAUAGAAAUCAGCUCCAAAUAAUACAGGUCAUUGGCCAAUUGUCUACAGCAGAAGAAAAGAGGGAGAGGAAAUUCUUCUUACAAUUUCGUAGAAACCUUAGCUUUCCAUCCUAUCCAACUGACUGACCUUGAGUGUCUGUCAUAGUUUAUCUUUUUAAGACCUGAAGCAACUGAGCAUUAGUGAGGCCAAAUAGAAUCAGCCUGAUUUGGCCAGCUCUCUCUGUCUUCCUAUUGUUAAGGCUUUUCUCAUUCUGAGGGUUUUGACUUUACUCUGGGGAAGAGUGUAAUCCCUUAGAACUUCUUAAAAGAGGGCUUGGGCAGCUAGCUAGUGGCAGCAGAGCUGAUCCAUUUGUCUAGAACUUGUGAUUUAAUGGUGACAGAACCACACAGCUGCUCUUCUCUCAGACUUUCAGGUCCAACUGAGAAGCCAAAUACUUGUGCCUGCAGGGAAGUGGAAGGGGGAGGCAAGUUGCUGGGAGGAAAUUUUUCUUCUCAAGCUAGACUUGGCACCUUGAAUAGAGAAUAUAAGUCGUUUUUGUUAAUUGAUUUUAUUCUCCCAAAAAGGGGCAAAAAAAAUGCUAAUAUAGGAAAGCCAAGGAUUUAAGACUUUUCCUGCCUAUGUUGUGAGGUCUCUCUGCCUCUUUAACCUGCAUGCUAAGUUGUGCCUUAGACUGGAUCAGUAUUAUGCCCUGAGUAGAUUUCAGGAACACACUCCCAUAAUUCUGCUACAUAGAGACCAAUUAUAUUGUAAAGUAAAGAGGUGGGCACUGACCUAGAGUCAGUCCUUGUAGGACAUAGCCUUGGCCACAGCGGACCUGUUGAACAGUCUACAAGCUACAGAAAGUAUGUCUGAAUAUAGGCCCUUACAAAUCCCAACCUACUGUCCAUUAACCACUGUGGUCUGUUUCUCUCAUGUCUCAUUUCCUUUGGAAUCUAUUGCAAGAUAAGCACAUCUCUAAACUUCAUUUUGUAUUCUCCUUUGCCUUUAAUUUAGAAAAGUUAGCUUAUAGAGCCAGGAAGAAGCAAAAUAUCACAUGCUUCCUUCCUAUCCUUUCAGUUUGAGGAUUUUGAACUGAAUAUUUCCCUCCAACCCUGAUUCUAGUUGAUUGAUCAAUGUAGCUGCUACUUGAAUUGAGUCAAGAGUAAAGAAAUGUAGAUCUGAAUGUCCUUGUAUCUGUCAUAGAGGGUUUUACGAUCUGGCCCAGCAAGGUCAGUUAGCUGUUAACUUCUUUGCAAUUUGGUGGUGAGAGAGUUAAUGUUUACUGAAAGCUUUCAGAUCCUGAAGGGGGAGUAAACUGCUCACAUUGAAAGUGAAGUAUACUUCAGAAACCAAAGUAGGAUUUGUUCUUUUAUCUUUCCUUUGAGGGAGGAGUUCAGCAUACUUCAUGUUUGUCAUGAGGUCAUGUUUGCCCCUGCAGGAACAUCAUGUUCUUCAUGUUACAUGGUAACAAGAAAAUAUGUUUGUGCAGAAAUCCCCUUUGUAAAUAGAUCUGGCAUUGUUAAAUGUGUUACCUUUUUUCUUGGAUAGUGAGUCCUGGGUGAGUUGAGAGAAAAUAGGAUAGAAAAUAUUCUGUGGGGCUCUGGUCUAUCAGUAAGAUGCAAGGCCAAUGAUUAAAUUGAGGUUAGGGAAAUUUGUGAAGCACUCUUAUUUGCUCUUUCCUCCAGACUCUAAGUUUCUCUAGAGUAGAGGAGAUCUAGAGGAUUGCUAUAGAUUUAGCUUCUAUAACCAGUUGGAUAGUGGUAUGACCCAGCAGCUCCAGCUAAAUAUAAAUUAAAAGAAUCAGCAUUAGAGUUAGGCCUAGCAUCAGGCUUGAGAAUCAGGAUCUAUUAAGGUUAGAGGAAAGUGCUUCUCACUUGUUUUGUGUUGACCAAAAAGAUCAUAGUUUGAGGCUUGCCCUGGAGCCCUGCUGGGUAAAAGCUCUAAUUCUUCCUUCUAUCAAAGUAAAUAUCCGUGUUACCCAUUUAAUACCUCCUUGCUUUGGUGAAAUGGAUUUGUGAUUCAGUAGAGAAACCUCUAAUUUGGCCAUUACUAAGAACUUAGGUUUCCCCAUGUCUAUCUAUUAUUGAAUUCAAUUCUAGUUUUCCCUCAAAACAUCUUAGAAUUCUCAUUCUUGAUACUUAUCCCAUCUCACUCCUUUAUUAUUGGAUUGAUCCAAACCAAGUAACAACUCCAUGGCAUAAACAUUCUCUUCUUUUGGAAAUUUCUAGCCUAACUUUUGCAGCUGCUGGGUUGGAACUCUCCCCUAUGUUAGUCCUGUUCUAAUUUAUGAAAGCUUGGGCCCUUUUAGAGUACCUAAGGCCUCUUUGUCCUGAGGCCCUCAUAGCCAUGGCUCCUUGUUCAUAGUCACCCAGACAACUAUAAUUUGCUUUGGGAAAAAUUGAAAAAGUAUAUGACCCUAGUAACUCUACUGAUUCAGCAAUUAAGGGAUUAGUGCUGAUUCCCAAUUUGCCGAUAUCUACUCCCCAGCAGUUUUCAGCAGAAGUUUGACCACUAAAUGUUUGUGGUCAAAGAACCAUAUUCUCCCUGCCCAUUGACACCUUCAUCUUGACCACUAAACAGGCAGGGGUCUGAUCACUGGUUAUAGGGGAUUGAGUCCACCACUCUAAAGUUGUAUACUAAUUGUCUUUAAUUCCCAGUGAUUCUCUGUGUUUGGAAAAAUAAAAAUCUGAGUAGGAAUCUGAACUGUUCUGGUCCUUCCUGGUUAGGGGGUUGUGCCAGGCUUACUGACUACAUUACAUACAGUUGCUAUUUGGGUUUUUUGCAAAUGAUUUUUCUAUUACAGACUAGUCUCAUUGAUGUGCCUUUGGUUCCCAACCAAAGAGGUGUAGGGAGUGAGGAGGAGUUCCAGGAACUCUUUUCCUACCUCAGUUGUCUACUGUGUGCUAUGCACUGAGGAUAUUAAAAAAAGAUAAAAACAGUCUUGGCAGUUAUGAAGUUUGAAAUCUAAUUGGGAGAAAAACAACAGAAACAAUUAUAUAUCCAAACUAUAAAAUAAAUUGGAUAUAAUCUCAGAGGAAGAUGUAUUAACAUUAAAGAAGAGAUAGCAAGGAUUUUUUUUUUAAGGUAGGAUUUUAGCUGAGAUUUAAAGGAAGCCAGGAAGCAGAGAAAUAAGGAGAUAGAAUCCCAGGCACAAGAGCCAGUGAAAAUGUACUGAACAGGGAAAUUCAAAGAAUAAGAAAGUCAGUCACUGGUUGCAGAGUUUGUAGAGGAUUUGAAGGUGUAAGAAGGCAGAAAAGGGUCUGGCUAUGAAGGGCCAUAAAUCCUAUGGAAGAGUUUAUAUAUUUGCUCCUGGAGGCAAUAAGGAGAUAUUGGAAUUGACUGAAUAGACCAUAUGUCGACUUGUGCUAUCCAUUUUGUCUUUGUCAUCUUUAUUCAGACCACAGGAAAGAAAGGACAGCUUUGGUUUCAUUUUCAAUCCUUGUCUUCUCUUCUCCCUCCCCCACGGGGCCACAUUAAGUGGGGAGUAGGCUUCAGGCUGCUGCUGACACACCCAACUGAAGCUGGCUCCUCUAGCUGGAUUUGGGAAUAAAGAAUAGUCCUAAAACAAUCCAGAAAUAUGUCCAUCUCCAAUCAUAUCCUUGCCAUAAGUACUGUAUCUAUGGGAAUGAGUGAUUGAAUGACAAAGCAUAUUUUGGGCUAAAAGCUGGGAAUAUAAAUACAUAGAGCAAGAUGGUCCUAGAUAUUAAGAAGCUUGUGUUAUAUUGUGGGCAGAAUAUUGGAGUGGAGUGACCAAGAAGAGGUGUUUUGGUUUGGAAAUUUAUAGUAAUAUUAAUUGGAACCACAGGGCAAUUGAUUGAACCUUCCAGGAAUUGUAGUAUUGACCAAUAAUGAUAACUAAAAUUUAAAUAGUGCUCAAUGUGUACCAGUACUGUGCCGGUGCUAUACAAUCAUUGUCUCAUUUGAUCUCAACAGCCACCUUGGGAAGCAGGUGCUAUUAUUAAACCUUCAUUUUACAGAUGAGGAAACUGAAGCAAACAGGUUCAGUGACUUGCUUAGGGUCACAUAAUUUUUCAAGACUGGAUUUGAAUUCAAUUCUUCCUAACUCCAGGCCAGGAAUUCUAUCCAUUAGCUGCCAAAGGGUGAGAAACAAACCAGUUGAGGUGGGGCAUUUUCCUUUUCCCCUUGGUAUAGGAGACUGCUUCCCUAUCUACCUAUCUCAGACCUCUACAGAAAUAUGGUCACACAUAGUUCCUCAUGGAACAUUUGGCUUCUCUGUUGCCUCCUUGACACUUUUUGAGUUCCUUUGCAACCCAUCAGGGUGGGGAACAUUUUUCAGCAAGAAUAUAAUUCACUGCUUACGAGAGUCAUUUGUCACAUGAAGUGUGACUGGGAAAGAAAACUGCAGAAAGAAAGCAACUGCCUACAUCUCUGGCAGGCAUCAGGAUGAGCAUUUCUCUUGAGCUAGCCAUUCGAUUCUCACUGGAUCCUCUAGGGCAUAAAGGAACCUGAGGUCUUACUUCUUUCAAAUAUUUACUCAAACUCCAGGAAGAACUUUGGUUGUUUGGAGAGGAAGCUCUAGGAAAAAGAUGAAAGAAAACCCGUGGAUGGUGCUCUCAGUCAGCUACUCCUCUAUCCAGAGCCAAAUCUCUUGCCUCAUUUUGGACUCCCCUUCCCUCCGGUCUAAGACAAAAAGAUCAGUCAAACCAGACAUUUGUCCCAUGCUACUGAGGAAAAGCUAGUUUCCCAGAAAGCAUGUGAAAAUGAGGACUCUGGGAGGAGGUCAGAGGUGAAAGACCUGCCCGAAGCAGAUAUUUCUGAAAAGGGCAGAGGGCUCUUGCAAAUUGAUAUUAUUUCCUUCAGUGCUAGGAAAUUCCCUAAUUUCACCACUAAGGGGGGAGGGAGGAGUUGGCACUGGCACAGAAUUGAAACGGGAAUCUGACAUGAUACUGGUGAGGUCAGACCACACACUCGGACCACAACCUGUUUCCUUGUCUA